AUGUUAAAAUCACAUCUAGCUUUACAUACAGAUGAUAACGAAGAUGAAGAAGAAGAUGAAAAGAAAGUUGAGGAAGAGGAGGAAUCGGUAGCAGUGGAACAUGAACCCAUCGUUUUAGAUGCCGAAAAGAGAUAUCUAAAGAAGUCUGAGGUCAGCGUCCGACUAAGUUUCCUGGGAAAAACAGCUGACGGCGACGGGUAUACAUACCUUAAAGCGACACUUACAGGAAUGGGUUUAACACAUAUUGAUGCAAUAAAAAGCUUCAAACAUCUUCAGUUUCUUGAUCUAUCAAAUAACAAUCUGCAACUAAACGAAUUGCAAGUUGUCACCAAGCUACCUUAUUUAGUUUUACUGCAAGCAGACAAAAACAAACUGAAUGCGGCAGAAUUGCACCGUAUGCCAUAUCUUCAAGUGCUUAUCUUGAACAACAAUGAUAUAACAACAGUGCACGAUGUAUUUCAACCAGAACUCAGUACUUUAGAAGUCGGUUUCAAUAAAAUACAAAAAUUACAUUUCACUAAUGCCAUGCCGAACAUUAAAUGUUUGGACUUCCGAAAUAAUCGAAUAAUAGAAAUUUCAGAUUUAAAUUUUCCAAAGCUAGACAGUUUAUAUUUAGCGCAUAACAAUAUAGUAUCGUUAGCAGGGCUAGAAAGGCUAGUUAAUUUAAGAAUACUUCAUGUACGAAAUAAUCCAAUCCGGCUGUUAGACGGUUUCCAUGAAGAUCACACUAAGUUAAUUUAUGUUAAUUUACGAAAUUGCAAAGUAACAACAUUUAGACAAGUAAAAAAAUUGCGGGUAUUGAAAGGAAUUGAAACACUUAUACUAAAAGGAACACCAUUCAUGGGAGGAACAGGUGAAGAGGAUGUAGGGGGAGGCGGCGAAGAAGAUGACAAUGAGCUUCGUGUGGAGAUUUUGGCCGCUUUGCCACGAUUGAAAAGGAUAAAUAAAGGAACUGUAACACCUGAAGAGAGAGAAGAGGCAAAGACGUUGAUGCUUCAAUGGCUUGAGGAGGGUGAGAAAGAUGAAGAAGAAAUAGAAGACGAGGUACCAAAUGAGGAAGACGAUAGUCAGCCAUGA